UAGGGGGCGCACUAUGCGCGGUGUACGCCAUCAAGCACUGACGUUUUGUAAAAAGACUAUCACAGGUGCUGCACCCGCGUGGACCUUUUCGACAUCUUUCGUAAGUGAUGAACUAGACCAUAGAACUUUGCGAGGUCUUGAAAGUUGCCAGUGGCUAACGAACUGCGGACGAAUCAGGACGCAGUUGACAACUGACUGCGUACAAUUCAGCGCAGCCGAAACACUGCACUCAGCGCACAGUCAUCGAGGAUCACACACACAUCACAGCAUAGAGGACAACUCCACAACGAAUACCACGCUUUGGUAACUUUUCCCGAAGAUAUUGUCGAUUUGAACAAUCUGAGGACGGAAGUUUCGAUAGUCUUUUGACUGUUUCCUUGGCAAUUCGUGAGAGUGAAGAUGGACAUGCUUUGGUCGGCGUUCUUAUUGGUCAUGGUUGCAGGACGGGCGCGGAGUCUGGCCAUAGAACCGGGACUGUCGGAGGGCGCGGAGUACCUGAAAAAGUACAACUACAUUUAUGUGGACCCGGCCAAGGCUGGCACCGGCCUGGACGUGGCUGCGAUAAGGUCCGGCAUCCGUAAAUUCCAGCUUUUCAACUACCUGAACCAGACCGGGGUGAUCAACGCGGCCACCCUGGACAAGAUGGCCCAGCCCCGCUGCGGCUGCCGGGACCCGGAGUUCGCAGGAGAGGCGAUGCGGGACGAGUUCCGGUAUGGGCGGGAAGGGGACAAGUGGAACAAGACUGAGCUGACGAUCAGAAUAUUUUGGACCCAGAAAGGACUGCCCAAGAAGGCUGUCCGCCGUGUCCUGAAGCAAGCCUGUCGCUUGUGGAGCAGCAGGUCCCCGCUGACGUUCACCGAGGUCCGGUCGGGCCACGCCGAUAUCAAUGUCAGGUUUAUGCCCACCAUGAACCACGGGGACCGGCGGCCGUUCUGGCAACCCAUGGGGGAGGUGGCCCACGCAUUCCCGCCAACAGACCCCCUCCUGCCCGGGGAUAUUCACCUGGACGCGUCAGAGAAAUACACCCUCGGGGAUGAGACGGAUGGAAUUAACCUGUUCCAGCUGUUGGUUCAUCUUCUGGGUCACACCCUCGGGCUGAGCCACUCGCCCCACCCAGAGUCCGUCAUGCACCCGUUCAUGAGGCCCCACGACCCGGAGUUUGGGCUGUCCAGGAAUGACAUGGCCGGCUUGCACGCUCUCUACGGAAGGAAAAAGAGAGGCAGAAGCCGCCACUGACACAGCCUGUGAUCGGUUGUUAGAAAUAAUGUACAUAUAAAAAUACACUUGCACACUGUAACUCGGCUCGUUCCCUGUUUUAAAAGUCUUCCAUCGUAAAAGCAGCGAGCAUCUUAUUGAGAUAACUGCCAUCUUGUAUUGUAUGGUUGUUCGCGAUGCAUUAAUGCAGUAAACGAAUGUUAGUUAUUAGUUAAUGCCUCUCAACCCUGAGGGGAAAACUUUAAGGUAUUAAGUGCAGAAAAGCACGGACAAGAGCAAGUUCGAGUGCCAACUUUUUGGGCCAGACCAUUGAGUGGUUACUCUUCACGUUUUUUUCAAUGCUCCCUUCACUUCCAUUCCGUGGAACCAUUACCGAGUACCAACUGUACACAUUUCUGCUUGACAAGUCCUAUCAUCACUCACAUUGUUGUCCCCGUCGGCUGCAUUUCUUGCUGCUUUUCAUGGUCUCUGCCAUUUUUUUGUAUGUUAAUGGUACCUUCUGUACGUUUAGGAAGCUAUUGAGAACCAGCGAUGCAACCAUGCCGCAGACUCUGCUCCAAUUAUGAUCAAAAAGAUCCUUGCUCCUGUAUGACUGAACCACAGUAGUUCAACCCGUAUCCAUCAUUCAAAAGACGCUUAAAAUUGUCUUACAGAUUUCUGGUUACCUGAAACAGGUUACCAAAUAUCAUGGCCUCGCCAAGCUUGUUCUAGUCUUGGCCAAAUGUGAUUUAAAUACACUAAGCAUUUAUUGGAAUUUUCAAACUCCGAAGGCCAGAAUUCACUUUUGCUCCGUGCGUUGUUGCACUCGGCAUGGUCUGGAAGAAGGGAAAUGGACGUAUUCAUAGUUUAUGUUCUAUAUUAGGCAUGAGCACGAAAUGGAAGAGAGUAUCGGUUAUAUGCAUGUAUUCACGGUGUUUGUUUUCGACGUGAAACUAUUAGACUAGUAACCUGUUGUUCGACUGUUCCCUUCGGUGUUAAAUGAGACUGUUGGUAGGGGCGCCAGUCAACGUCCGGGAAUCGGAAACCCGGAAACAAAGAGGACUGUCGAAUGAGCAUAGAAGACCAACCAAUGAUGAUUACCUUAGUGGAUGAUGUUUUGAGGUUUCCAAUCUCUGCCCAUUAUUCUAACAUCCAAAGUCAUCAUCUCUGGGGUUUCUCUGUGCAAGUCCCGAUGGUCCCCUUGAAUGGCGAUCACAUCGCUUACCGCCAUCAAAGGGGGCCACUGUAAAUAACCGGGGGGGGCGUUACCAUGGUCAGCGGUGUUAUCCAUACUGGCACCCUCGGUUCAUUGGCACUGGAACAUUAAAGUGAGUCUAUUUUUGUGGGAUUGUGUAAAUAUUUACGAUGUCUGUAAAUAAGGCGAAUUUGAUGUAUUAACCAUGCCAGCUAUUUUACUCAUGGCAGCCAAAGAUGUUUGUAACUAUACGCAUUAAGUUUUUAUAUGUAAUACUGCGACAAUCAUAUCAUUUUCCAAAUAUUAUUAAUCAAAUGUUACUUUUUUCAAAUAAAACACAAAGCUUUUUAAGAAAAAGA